AGAGAGAGAGUGAAAGAAAUUAAAGAGAUGACUAUUUCAAAAAUCGGAAGGAGUUGGAGAGCUUGAGACUUGAGAGAGAGAGAGAGAGAGAGAGAGUCUCCACCAUCUUCCUUCCUCCCCUGUUCUCCUCCAAACCUCCAUUCCUCUCCCCACCAUAUCAGAUCCUUAAUUUCCCCUCCAAUAUUCAUCCUCUGAUCUUGUUUCCCUUCUCCUCCGGCGGCUUUUCCCCUCCCGAUAUGAACGACUUCGAGAACCUCUUAACCACAGAUUUGGGCUUCAAGCCCCAGGGCAAAGCCGCCCCGAUGUCCGCCUCCAAAUCCUCCUCCUCUUCCUCUAAUCUUAGAUCGGCGCGCACUCGUCCAUCCUCCAAUUCUUUCGACGAUCGCGAUUCCCUGUUUACCUCCACCGGCCCACAACAUAGAUCCCAUGACUUUGGCUCCGAAUUCGGCGAUCUCUUCGGUUCCGCGCGGUUCUCCACCAAAUCUGAGAGCACGGCAACCACGGCGUCUUUCAAUUUCGAUGCCUUACGCGAUUCCGGUGCCCCCAAUGUUUCGGCUCCUCCGGUUUACGAUAAGCCGGUGUACGACGACGACAUUUUCGACGGCGUGCCGGGGCUGAAGAGCUCUUCGUCGAGGGCGAAGCAUGAAGACGUUUUUGCGUCGGUUUCGGCGUCAUCGGCCAAGGGCAGUGAUGCGCUUGAUGAUCUUCUGGCGGGAUUUGGGAAGUCGGAGCGUGAGUCAAAGGGUUCGGGCGUAAGGGGAUCGGAGAGAGAGGUGAAGGGUGUGCCGGCAGGUUUCGAUGAUUUGAUACCCGGGUUUGGUGGUACAAGUGCCCCUAGUGAAAGGCCAACUUCACAGGCCAGUCGGUCCUCAGAACCAUCUGUGAGUGCAGCUAGAUCUUCCUCCAAUGUGAUGGAAGACCCCUUUUAUGUAUCAGAAUCAACUUCCCAUCCUGCUGUUUCAUCUCCCGAGCAUAUGGCCAAUCCAUUGGAAGAAUUCAGUAGGUUUAGCAAUUCACAAAGCAUGAAAAGUGAGGGUUUAUCUGCUGCUAAUGGGGGAGUAUUUGAUGAUAUGGAUCCCUUUAAUGGCCUUGGGAAAGCUGUACCAGCAUUUUCAUCGGAGAGGAAGAGUAGGGUCAAGGACAAGAGCCCUGUAAGGACAGAUAUGAGCACAAGUUGGAAUAGAACUUCCACCAGUAAAGACCCAAUUGUGAAAACUUCCGCUAGGAGUUCUGAAACCCACUCACAGAAGAAGCUGCCUGUUGAAAGUGAUCAGGAGUCUCAUCAGAACUUGUUUGAGAUGCCAACAUUUUCAAUGGAUUCUCAUAACCCUUUUGGUCAAACAGCUUCUCCCCCUUCCUAUGGAAAUUCUAGUUCUAACGAAGCAAAUACUCAAGUGGAUAUGUCUCCUAGAUCUGAAGAGAAAUUGGAAUCAUCUGAGGAUGUAUGGUUGACCGUAUCAGAGGUUCGUCUCUUCACACAACCAACAAGUGCUCCACCACCUUCAAGACCCCCUCCUCCAAGACCAGUUCAAGUUACAAAUUCAAAGGGACGAUCAGGUUCCCCUGCUUACACAAAUUCAAGAAAGAAGAUGAACGAGUAUAAUUCUUUCCCAAAUUCUGCUCAUUACUAUCAAAGUCCUAAGUCAGCUCCUACUGCAGCAAGAGAAUCAGUUGCAUCUCCAUUCAAUGACCUUGAAGACUUUCCGAUGGAUAGGAGUCAAGAUAAUGUUGACGAACAUGCAAAUGGUCUUUCUGAAGAAUUGGGGAUGAACUCUGCUGCUGCUGCUGCUGCCAUGAAAGAGGCUAUGGAUAGAGCUGAGGCUAAAUUCAGGCAUGCAAGGGAAGUUAGGGGGAGAGAGAGUACAAAAUCUGCUAGAAGUAGAGAUGCUGUGCAGCUGGAAAAAGACGAGAGAACUAUGCAAGAUGAGAGAGCACUAAGAGAAAAACAAGAAAGGUUAGACCGUGAACGGUUGCAGUGGGAAAGGGAAGAGGAAGAGAAGGAACAAAAAAGACUUGAAAAAGAGAGGGAAAGGGAGGAGAAGGAGAAAGAACAAAGGAGACUUGAGAAGGAAAGGGAGAGAGCAAGGGAGAUUGAGAGGGAAAGGGAAAAGGCCAGACAAGCUGUGGAAAGGGCCACUAGGGAAGCACGUGAAAGAGCAGCUGCUGAAGCUCGUCUAAGAGCUGAAAAAACUGCUGUGGAGAAGGCAAAUGCUGAAGCUCGAGAACGUGCUGAAAGGGCUGCUGUCCAGAGAGCCCAAGCUGAAGCUCGUGAAAGGGCAGCAGCAGGGGCGAAGGAAAGAGCUGAAAAGGCUGCAGCAGAAGCCAGGGACAGAGCUUCUGUAGCAAGGGCUGAGGCCGAAGCACGACUAAGAGCAGAACGAGCUGCUGUGGAAAGGGCUGCUGCAGAGGCUCGAGAAAGGGCUGCAGCUGCUGCAAGGAUGAACCAACAAAAGAAUGAAAAUGAUCUUGAUUCCUUCUUUGGCAUGGGUUCUCGAGCUAGCGGUGCACCAAGGCCUAGGGCUAACUCUUCGGACUCAGUUUUCGAUAGUCAAUCUCAGAACAGGCAAGAGCCUGAAGUGACAAGGAAAUCUGCUGCAACUUCCUCAAAUAUCAGGAAAGUGAAUCCGACAACAAAUUUUGUUGAUGACCUUUCUUCAAUUUUCGGAGCUGCUCCAUCAUCUGGAGAGUUCCAGGAAGUUGAAGGGGAAAGUGAAGACAGACGAAGAGCUAGGUUGGAACGCCACCAGAGGACCCAGGAGCGUGCGGCAAAAGCAUUGGCUGAGAAGAAUCAGAGAGACCUUCAAACUCAGAGGGAUCAAGCCGAGAGACAUAGGAUUGCUGAAACCCUGGAUGUUGAGAUCAAGCGUUGGGCUGCAGGGAAAGAGGGCAAUUUGCGUGCUUUGCUCUCGACUUUGCAAUAUGUGCUCUGGCCAGAAUGUGGUUGGCAGCCCGUUUCUUUGACUGAUAUGAUCACAGCGCCUGCAGUUAAAAAGGUCUAUAGGAAGGCAACGUUGUCCAUCCACCCUGAUAAGGUGCAACAAAAGGGCGCCACGCUUCAACAAAAAUAUGUUGCGGAGAAAGUGUUCGAUCUCCUUAAGGAAGCUUGGAAUAAGUUCAAUUCAGAGGAGCUUUUUUAAGUUUUUGUGUGGGAUUUUCACUUGACAUUAACUCAGUGGGUGACUGCAUUUGCUGGGAAGGGAGGCUGACAUCUAUUCUGGGACUUCUCUCUCUAGAGUUACUGAAUUUUGAUCGUAUCUACCGAGACUGAAGGAGGCUUGGCUUGGUUUGGUUAGCAACUGAGAUGCCUGCAUGGUUUUUAUACUGUGCCAUACUUGAUGUUCCUCCGGGUGUUAUGGGUUCUCCAGGUUGUGUUUGAAGUUCAGAAUUGGCCAAGUUGAUGUACAAUACCAAUAUCUGCCAAUCUCAUUCUGUCAAAAGGCCAUUCUAUAUAUAUUUUUUUGUUAGUUAUUAUUAUUAUUAUUAUGAUUAUGAUUUUUUUUAACCUCUGUGAUAUAGUACGAUUCAUUGAUAUUAAACAUGAAGAACAAGCCAGUGUGCUAUCGAGUUGAGAAUUUGAUCAUGAUAA